GGUGUGGUGCGCAUGUGCCACAACAUAUUCAUAAUUUGAUUGAAGUGUUCAUGUGUGUACAGCAGAGAAAACGAUGCAAUGUCUGUCACCAAUUUUCAUAAUGUUCAUGCGAUCUUUGAAAAGCAGUCGUUUCAGCCUCCUAUAUCUUACCUAAGUGAACCACUCCUACGCAUGUAAGUGUUCCAAAUUGAUAUAUGACAAUAUCUACUUUCGAUCACGUGUCUAAGGGUGACUUAGACGGAUAGCGCGUCAUCUCGCCUUCCCAAAUUUUCCCCUUCUGCAGUUCGAAUCCAAAACAUCUAUCUAUAGAGCCAGAGAACGGGAGAACGAUGUUUAACUCGGUCAAUCUGGGCAACUUUUGCUCCCAGACGCGAAAAGACAGGACUUCAGAGUUCGGGGAGCGAGCGGGCUGCGCUUCCAACCUCUACCUCCCUAGCUGCACCUACUAUGUGCCUGAAUUUUCCGCCGUCUCCUCGUUUCUGCCACAGGCCCCAUCACGGCAGAUCACCUACCCUUAUUCAACGAACCUCUCGCAAGUGCAACCGGUUCGGGACGUAUCGUACGGCUUGGAUCCCUCGGGUAAAUGGCACCAUAGAGGAAACUAUGCAUCCUGCUACUCAGGGGAGGACCUGGUGCACAGAGACUGCCUUCCGCCAUCAUCCACCAUGACAGAAAUGCUGAUGAAGAACGAGAGCGUGUACAACCAUCACCACCACCAUCACCACCCGACCUCCAACCACCCGUCAACAGGCUUCUACUCCGGCGUGGGGAAGAACAAUGUCCUGCCUCAAGGCUUCGACCGCUUUUUCGAAAGCGCCCACUGCGGAACAGAAAACGGCUCCAUGGACAACUGCUCACAGAAGGGGAACGUGGGCAAGGCGGACUCGGCGUCCCAGGCGCCGACUACCCCGCAUGGCGCAGCGGACCCGGAAAAAGAUCCCGAGGAUGAAGAAGAAAACACAAAUUCGGGUUCAUGCGCCUCUUCCUCGGGCACGAAAGACGACAACAGCGCCAGCAAAAACAGCCACUCCAGUACCCCACGCACAAGGAAGAAGAGGUGUCCAUACAGCAAGUUUCAAAUUCGUGAACUUGAGCGAGAGUUCUUCUUUAACGUGUACAUCAACAAGGAGAAACGCCUUCAGUUGUCCAGAAUGCUUAAUCUGACCGACCGGCAAGUCAAAAUAUGGUUCCAAAACCGCAGGAUGAAAGAGAAGAAAUUGAGCCGAGACCGCUUGCAGUAUUUUUCCGGCAACCCAUUAUUGUGAGGCGUAAUGUUGAAUUUAGCGUUGGAAAGUCGUAUUCGCCAUCAUUGAUCGUCCAAAUGAAAUCGUCCUUUGGAUGAAGCAAGCGCUGACUUCAGCUAAAAAGCCCUACGUGGUUGAGUGAAGUGACUGAGGGCGGUAAACAAGCUAAUCGAUUUAAGUUGUUUUUGUCGGCAUGUCUUAUGCUACAUACUUCAAGAACUUACAAAGGUCUUGUCUUGUAUUGAAAGAUCUUUUAAGUCUUAAGACAUGCGAUAGCAGAAAGACUGUGGGCUCGCGCCGGCGUUUUUGUCAGAGGGAGAAUUUGUGUAUAAACCUUGGCCUAUGUUAAAGUUGGCAUAAUGGUUGAAAAUAUCAUUUAAAUUCUAUGAGAAAUUUCACGUUAUUUACCAUAUUGUAUGUCUCGACGUUUUCAAAGAGAUGUAAAAUAAGAUCACCGUCUUUUAUCAACACGCACCCCUCAUGUUUAUUUUGUGGAUAAUUUCUACAAAAAUGAUGUGUGCAAAAAGGCCAAUCCAGCAAUGGCCCUCAUCACAUUCCUGGUAGGAGUGUGAUGAAACACGUUUCGCUGUGAUGGUGAAGAGACUAUGCAAAUGUGUAGUUUUGACUGUAAAUAUGUAUUUUAAUUUCUUAAUUACUUUCUAUCAUGUUGCCGAAUUGCUAUUUCUGCAAGAAUUGAAAACCUGAUUGGAAGAAUGUAGGGCUUAUUGUUCGGCACCAUUGUAAGCUAGUUGUGUUAUGCUUGCUGUUUACAUGUUAUGCGGAUGACGGGAGGACAAAAGUCGUUGCAUAUAUGCAUCAAAAUAAGAAUGUAUUAUACAAAAUAAACAAAUACGCGAUUCUUAAAUUAAUAUCAUUCCAGCAUGGCUCUACGAUGUAUUUUUUGACACUGACGUUUUCACACUUUUCAUGGCACCAAAUGGUCAUGUGGAUUUCCUUUAGGGGAUUCUUAUGCGCAGUAUAGUCCAGUCCUAUUUAUUAUUGUUUGGAAAUAGCCUGUUGAAAUCUGCAGGCGUAUCAUAUUGGCCUGUAAGUAACACCCUUAGGCCUCUUGACUGUCAGCAUUUAAAAUACUUGGAUUAAGUCACUCCAGUUUCAAGCAGAGCAAGUAGUGGACGUUAAAAAAAAAGAACGGAUUAAAUCGUCACCUGCGAACAAAUAUCUUAACCCCCUCUUCACUAAAUGUAUGCCCAUGGAACAAAGAUGAAGAAAAGGGCCUGGUGUAGUUAUAUUCUGCCCAGCUGCCAUUAUAGCAUAUUAACAGUAAAAUAACUGUAUUCAUAACAAACCACUGACAUUGCAAAAUAAAAUAAUAAACUAGAAAAACGUUUAGGCCCACACAAGCUCAGCUUUGGUGAAACUUUUAGGGGAGAAUAAACUGGGAAACAGGCCCUGUAUGGCCUUUAAAAUCACUGCAUUGCUAUUGGCAAGUCGGUCUUCCUCCUUACAAAUCACUGAUUGUGAAAAGGUUAUGCGGUGGAUAAUAUACCCCUACGAGCUUGUAGAAAACAGUUAACAACUAUUAGUGGCCAUUUUUAAUAAUUUGUCACAGCAAUGGAGCCAAUCGCU